AUGAAUCCUUAUCCAAAUAUAACAUCGGUAAGAUUAAAGUGCGCUUGUCCUCCUAGUUGUAUAUGCAAAUCUAGUGAAUUAAGAGAAUGGAGUCAUCUAAGUUGCUCAAAAUAUUCAUAUCUUUCAGCUAAAGGGGAUAUUUUCUGUAAUCAAUAAGGAUGCAAGAGUUAUUUUAUAAAGGAUGCUAGUUUCCAAUGUUAGCAGGCAAAAUAAAACUCAACUUUUUAUCAAUACAAAUCAGCAGCUUAAUUUAUUAUGGCUUUGGCUAUGGCUAUAUAAGCAGCUGAUUUAACACUUAAAGAUAAUGAUUUAAUAAAAUUUACUACAGAUAUUAAUUCUGAAGUGAUGAAAAGGUGGAAUUUGUGA